GUUUAUAAAAAGGGAAAAAAAAGCGAUUAUACCUUUCAUUAAAAAGAAAUUAACUUAUAGAUAUCGAUUUUUCUAUAAGUAAGUAAAUGAAAAUAACAAUAACGAACUUUUUAUGGAACAGAUAGCUUCUCGGAUAAUAGAAGACGUUGCCAACAAGUCGCUCAAAUCAACUCAAACCUAUUCUAGUCCUACAUUUAUUUCAGUCAAUUAGGAUACGACCUCUAUUAAAUUAGCUAGUCCGACAAUGCAUAAUUUCAGGACAUACAGUACGUCAUCAGAGGAAAGUAGCUCUAUCACGCAGCAUCGUGAUUCAGUCCAAAGUAAAGCUGUUGAAACAAGUUCGAGAGGGACAAAGGACAAAGCUACCCCUUUGUUUAACCUUAAUAGACCACCUAUAAGUGAUAAUUAUACAAUGGAAUCAACAAUAAGGCGCACACAUUCAAAUGAAAGUCUGAAUGUCGAUAUAUCAGGUAAUAAAAGGCUUUUGAAAAUAGUUACCAAAGACGUACAACAACAAGAAAUGUUGAUUCCAAACGAAAAUCCAUCCAGUGUUUUAUCAUCAGAUUCGUCUAAACACAUUGAUUACAAAUCAGACUCAUCAAAAAUAUUUAAUGAUAAAAUGCAUAUUACAAAGAAUGAAAAUAAUUUCUACCGACAGAAUAAUUCGUUAACACUAAUAGAUAAUUCUAAUACUUAUCUAUAUAACUCAAUGUCAUCAGUAGAAAAAGAAAAAAACUCGAUGUGUUGCACCUUUCAAAAUAUGUCAAAUUCAGGUUUUAAUAAUAAUAAUACCAAUAACAACAACGCCUCUUCUUUAAAUAAAGCAGCCGACCAUCAGGGUAUAUCAAAGAACAUAAAGGGUUUAUUAGAAUAUCAGCAAUCCAUACAAGUAUUUUUAAAAAAACGCCUUUUAAGUACAAGAAUGAUGACACAAGAUCAGACCAUCCCAUCUGAAUUGAUUAUAAAUGUUGAAAAUGCAGUGGAAAAAGAAAACCAGCGAAAUAAGAAUAACCUUAAAUUAUUUAAUGUAGACAACGAUCGUAAUCAAUUGAAUAUGUAUUCUACUCUGCAUCCUAAUAAUGAAAAAUCUUCUUUAAGCAAUACUUUAAUAUAUUCUGAAUCCUGUUGUGAUCAUUAUUACUUUGAUACUUCAGCACCUGGAAUAGAGGAUAAAUACAUUGAUUAUUUUGCACUACCUGUUCCUAUCAAUCGAGUAUCAAAGAGUGCUCCCAUCAGACGCCCUUCAUCAUCAGCUGAUAAGAAAGAACGCAGGUACAACUAUACGAAAAUGUUACAAUUAUCAAGACUAAAUAAAAUCAGAAAAUGGUCUUCUUCUGCUUUAUACUUGAAAAAUAAAAAGUGGUUAAAUUGGAUAGAAGAUGAAACUAUCAUUAGAGCCGAACAGCAAAUCAGUGUCAAUUGUUCAACUUCCAUUCAACAAGAAUCUAAAGAAGAAAUACAAAAAUCAGUGGUUGAUUUUCCGCCACAAAAUCGAUCAUCAGUUGGCAAACAAAAGUUUCACAUGUCACUUGAUUUGCAUGAUAUCCCUAAUGAAUUUACUGAUAAAAAUUAUUUCAAAUUACCUGUUUCUCAAAAGGCGGCUUCAAUACCAUCAAAGCUAACAUCUCAUACUUCCUCCUUAUUGCCUAACGUAGAAAGUGUUGGUUAUCAGUUUCAUAAUCCAAACAAAAACUCUUUUGCUCAUUUUGGUGAAAGCUAUAGUAAACUUACCUCACCUUAUCAUAAUAACCACCUAAAAGGUAGUAAUGACUAUCCACAAUUGAUUAUUAAAGCAAGACUAUGUUCAGCUAAAGAAGCAUGCAAUCUGGAAUUAAGAAUUAUUAUGAAUAGUUUGAAUGAAUAUAUAGAAAGCUGCACAAUCGCUGACACUCAUUUUAUGUCAAUAUUGCAAGAUUUAAUAUCUCUAGCUCAAAGUGUUUUAGAUACUGAAUUGGAAACAUUUUUGGAUAAUCCUGGAGUAUGUGCAGAUAUCGUAUCAAAUAUUUUAGUAAUUGGUGUAUUGUGGGAUUAUCACAAACAAUGGCCACUUAAAGAAUUAUAUGUUCGACUAUUGUUAAGUGUUGCUGCCUUUAAUCGAGUAGUUGAGUGGUGGCAAGCAGAGCGUAAUUUCUGGUCUUCAUCAUUAGCAACAAUAGCAACAACAGCCUCUACUACAUCAUCAAAUAGUAUAGUGGAUAAGAUAACAACACCUUUAUUUGAUAAAAAACCUCUAGCUAAUAAUACACCUUAUUGUUAUUAUCAACAGCUAGAUCAUCCUUAUCUGCAAUUUCAACAAGAUACUAUUGAUCCCUCUACACAUGCUGUUAAUAUCUUAAACGAAGACAUAGAUCUUCUUUCAUCUACUGACAAAGAUAAUCAAGCUAUUACGUCCUCAAAGACUUCUCAUAUAUGUAAGAGUAGCGUCCUAUCUAUGCUUCUCCAGAGAGAUCAUGAUGAAGGGAAUUACCAAUUGAAAGAAGAUAGUGAGAUUGGACAAAGUAAUACAAUCGUAAUGGAACUCUCUUUAGGCCGAACUAUAAUACAAUAUUUGAGUCCUGUUUGGUUUGAUAUAAUGGGAACACAACCCCAAGCAGUUAUUGGAUCAAAUAUUUCACAGCUACUUCAGCCAAAUGAUAAGGACUUAUUUACUAUUGCUACUCAAGAGAUACUUAAAGACGAAACCAAAGCAGUAGAGGUUUUCUUUCAAAUUAUCAAUAAUUAUGCUACUACAAAAGUACCAUUUGAAAUGGAGGGCAAAGGAAUGUUGAUGUAUAACCGAGUUACUGGUGAUCCAAGCCAUACUAUGUGGUUUAUAAAAUUAUUAAAGAAACAGCAAUUAACGAAUGACAAUAAAGUCCCAUCAGAACAAAUUAACUCUUUGAAUCAACAACAAGAAAACCUCUAUUCUAUCCAUAAUAAUAAUAAUAAUAAUAAUAAUGUAACGCUGCCUAUAGAUUCUGACCAGAUUGAACAUUUUUCAUCUGAAUUUUCGUUAUCAGAUAUUAAUGUUCCUAUAGGAUCGGCAUCCUCAACAAUGAAAAAAUCAAUGUCAUAUGGUGAUCUUCCAGUUUCAGGAAACUUGGACACACUUGCUCAUCUUUUGACAAUUGAACCCGCAUUGUGUAACAUUUGCGAACGAAGAGUACAGGCAGUCUUUUUUGAGCAACAUUCUGAAUUAUGUGCUGAAAUCCAUCGAGCAGAAAUGGAUGUGAUGACAUGUAAUGACAGUCUUACUGAAUUGAGACAUUAUGUACAUAAACUCUACAGAUUAAUAAAACUAGAAGCCCAAGAGCUUGAAGUAAGGCAUGGUAGCAAUCAGUGCGUACAGAAUACAUUGGAGACAUCAACAGUAGAAUAUGAUGAAGUAGAAGAUUAUUUUAGUAUACAUAGUAGUCAAGGCUCUAUUUUUGGAGACCGUUUAUUGUCACUUGAAGAAGAUAAUGCAAGUAUAUUGGAAAAAAAACACACAGAGCUGGAAAACUAUAUUAAUCUAUUGAAUAUUAUGGAAAUCGCAAUAACUAUUCCUACACCUGGUAAUGGAGGAAAUGUAUAUAGUUCAUUGGAUUUUGAGGCAUCAAUAUCAAAAUCGAAAAUUAUACAAAUCCUUUACUGGAGAGCUCCACAAGCUGAAGAUGAAGUUUCUAAAUCUUUGAUCAAUGAUGUCGAAAUAUCAAUCAAAUCAAAAAUUAAUGCAGUUAAUCGUAUGCAAGAUUGCCUAGAAUACAAUGAAAGAAUAAGAAAGGAAUUCCGAUCAAGUGUAAUAAAAAAUGAGGAUUGGAAUGAAUUUGUAACAACAAAAAAGGAACAUAAUAAUAAUAAUAAUCUAGAUAAAUUUACAAAAGACAUGGAGACUAGCUAUACAAAUAAGUCUAGUAUAGAUACUACUUUAGAGAUUAACCCAGAGCCCCAAUUUGAUUCAUUUCAAAUCUCUUCUCCUCUUUUAUAUGCGAAAAUUAAACAAAAAAUGGAAGAAAAGAAUGAGAUAAAUCAAAAAUUAAAGAACAAAAUAAUGAAGAGGAUCAAAAAUUGGAAGUCUAAAUAUAAAAACUACAACGGUAAUCAGAAACAACAAAGUAAUAAUCUAAGGCAGAGUAAAUGCAGUAAGAAAAAGAUAAAAAGACAGAAUAGCCAUCCAAGUGAUAAUGUAAGUCACUUUAUGACCUAUAAUAUCAUGACACCAACACCUACAAAUUCAACUUCACCAUCAAUUGGAAGUUUUACAAAAAUUGUUGAUAUGGAAACAAUUGUUACUCCUAACUUUUUGCCAGAUUCUAGUAUAUCAUUUUCUUCCAUGUCAAAAAGAAGUAAGCAAAAGUAUCAACGGAUUCAGCAAAGGUCGUCUGAUGUUUGCUCCCCUUCACAAGUAUCACCAAUACCAACCUCUCUAUUAGCUGCAAGAUCAGUUUCGCCUAGUAUUAAAGAUUUUAAUAUUGUUAAGCCGAUAAGUAAAGGAGCAUUCGGGUCUGUUUUUCUAGCUAAAAAAAGAGCAACAGGUGACUACUAUGCCAUCAAAUUUUUAAAAAAGUCAGAUAUGAUUGCUAAGAAUCAGGUUACAAAUGUGAAAGCAGAACGCAUGAUUCUUAUAACUCAAACAAAUAGUCCCUUUGUAACAAAACUUUAUUAUACUUUCCAAUCCAAAGACUAUCUUUAUUUGGUGAUGGAGUAUCUAAAUGGUGGUGAUUGCUCUUCUUUAAUUAAAGUACUUGGUAGUCUACCUUGUAAAUGGGCACGGAAAUAUCUUGCAGAAGUAACAUUAGGAUUGAGUUAUCUUCACGAAAGACACAUCGUUCAUAGAGACCUUAAGCCAGAUAAUUUAUUAAUAGAUCAAAAUGGGCAUUUAAAGUUAACUGACUUUGGCCUAUCUCGAAUUGGGUUCUUAGAUCGUAGAGUACGUGACGAAUUAAGUAGUAAGCCAUUUUCCAAUCUUCCAUUUUCUCCUGUACCUUCUCGAUCUACUACUCCGCUUCAAUCACCAGCUUCAGACUCUAUAUCAGCUCAUUUGUCUAAUUAUCAUAGUAAACUAUACAAGCAUUCAUAUUUUAGUUUAUUAUUUGACCGUGAUAGAAAAUGUCGCCCCUUCAUAACCAAUAGCACUCUUUCUUGCGGUGAAACAAAUAGUGCUGAUGUAACUCCUUCGGUAUCUUUGUUUAGUCAUGAUACAGGAAAUAGUAAUAUUGUUUCACCAUUUAGCUAUCAUGAUAAUACCAGUUUAAGUAGCUAUAAUGGUAGUAUAUUACCUAACUCUGGAACAACUUCAACUUUUCAUUUUCCUCAGGAAGACACAGGAUUUCUAUCAUCUACUAAUGUUGCCAAAACACCUGCAACAUUCCUUCAUCAUGCAAAUACACCUUCUCGUAUUACUUUUGAAACUAUGGGUAAAGAAAGUGUGUAUACUAAGCAAAAAGAGAAUGCAGUAGGUACACCUGAUUAUUUAGCGCCAGAAAGUAUCUUGGGUACAGGUCAAGAUUCUAUGGUAGACUGGUGGGCACUUGGGGUUAUUUGCUAUGAGUUUCUCUACGGCUAUCCGCCCUUUCAUGCAGAGGCCCCCGAUAAAGUAUUUGAAAACAUUCUUUCCCGGAGCAUCAACUGGCAUAAAGAUGAGGUUCAACUACCAGAGGCAGCAUAUGACUUUAUGGAGCGCUUAUUAACUUUAGAUCCUGAAAAGCGACUCGGUAAAGGGGGAUCAGAAGAAGUUAUGCAGCAUCCCUUUUUCAUGGAUAUAGAUUGGGAUAAUCUAUUGACUGAACUACCAUGUUUUAUUCCACGUCCAGUAAAUACAGAAGAUACAGACUAUUUUGAUGCUCGAGGCGCAAUGAUGGUCUCUGAACAAUGGCAAGGCAAUGAUAAUUUACAAAGCAUGUCACUAGCGGAAGUAAAAAGAGUAAAAGCUGUUAUAGAUGAACAAAAUCAGGAUAACAUAAUACUUUCUGAUGAUAAUUCGUAUAAGGACUAUCUAGCAAUGGAUGAUGAUGAUUUUGGUGCAUUUACAUAUAAAAAUUUACCUGUACUUGAAAAAGCAAAUGAGAAUACCAUUCGUAAGAUACGUAACGAGCGUAAUUUCGUUGCAUCAUGUGUAUCUUUAAAAUAAUGCCUAUUUAUAUACAUAUGUAUUAUGUAUACAUGUUUAAUAAAUCUAAAAUAGCUAC